UUUACUAUCGUUUUCAUGCUUUCUGUAACAUCGCAACCGUCACCAUCAUGUAAACAGCUACUCUGUAGCCUAUUUCUGAAACAGCUCCGGGGACUUCUGCUUUGCAGAAUACAAAGGCAACAAUAUUCAAGACUCGAUCAGCUCAACAACGAUUUAAAAAAACAAAAAACAAAAAAUGGGAGGCUAUUUUGUGCUCACUCUUUUUGUCUUUCUCGUUGAUGGUGUGGUUGGUGACACAUCUGGAUUGAACUUGGUAUCAGUGAUGGAGGGAAAUUCAGUCACUCUAAACACUGGUGUCACCAAACAACAACGUGACAAGAUGCUGUGGUAUUUUAAUGACACUCUCAUAGCUCUGAUCAAUGGAGAGGCCAGUAAGAGCUGUUUAUAUGAUGGUGAAGGUGGGAGAUUCAGAGACAGACUGGAGGUGGACUAUGAGACCGGAUCUCUGACCAUCACAAACAUCAGCCCUGAACAUGCUGGACGUUAUGAAGCAAAUUUCAUCCAAAGCAAGAGCUCAGGAACCAGCCACAGCUUGAACAGAAACAGCAAGUGUGACAGCACAAAGAUCAGAAAAAUGAGCAACAUUGGCGACACCAUUAAAACAUUCAUUCUCUCCGUCAGUGCUUCUCUGUCUGUUCCUGACAAAACCGAUGACGAAUUGUACAAGAUAGGGAAGGAGCAAGAGCGUGACAGGAGUCUGCCUUCAAAUCUUAUAGUCGGAAUAGCUGUUGCUGUUGUUCUGUUGGUGUGUGUAGCUUUAGUAACAGCUGGUGUGAUUUACUAUCACCGCAGGAGCUCUAAACAUGCAGAAGCUGAGAAAAACAAACUUGAGCAUCUGUUGAAAGUCUAAAUAUAAGAAGGAGAAAGACGGAUGUGAUGUGAGGGAUUUGAGGAUCCCAAUAUAUAUAUUACGG